AUGGGUGAUGAAAUACGGAUGUGGUGGGACACUUGGGCAGGGAACGAGCCGCUUUAUAAAAUUUUUCCAGACUUAUAUAAGAUUGAAAAAAAGAAAAGGAUUAUGCUUAAAGAUUGUUUCUGCAAGGAAAAUGGGGAUAUGAAGUGGAAAUGGAGAUGGAAGAAACAAAGACUUAAUCAAAAAGAGAAAGAGGAGCUAAAGAAUUUAGAAGAAUUAUUACAACAGGUGAACAUUUCGGGCGAAACAGAUCAAUGGAUAUGGAAGCCAGAUGAUAAAGGUAUAUUCUCGGUUGCCUCGAUGAAAAGUCUUUUAGUCAAGUCCUCUAAGAUUCCAAAAAGCUUCUCAUGGAAAUGGAAUGGAUGGGUUCCAAAGAAAGUAAAUACUUUCAUGUGGAAGGCUGUGAACAAUAACAUCCCUACAAUGCUGGCUCUUAAAGGAAGACAAUUUAUUAGUGAAUGGUGCAACAUAUCAAGUCUGUUUGCCUUCUCAACAAAAGACUUGAUCAAUAUUCACAGCCAAGUGAAGGUUAGCAAGAACAAGAGGAAGGGUAUUCAAGCAGUGAUCUUCACAGCUGCAUGGUGUAUCUGGAACCCUAGGAACGAGGCAGUUUUUCAAAACAAGGUGAUAGGUGUUAACAAGAUGAAGGAAAACAUUAAAGCACUAGGCUAUCUUUGGGUUAAGAAUCGAUUCCCAUGCUCAAAUUUAGAAUGGAAAGAAUAG